CUGGUGCUAUUGUUUGUAACGGACAAAAAUACGACAAAAAUAUGUAAAUCCAGUGACCUAGUCACUGAAGACACUGGAAUUUAUAGCAACAUGAUAUUUGACGGCUGUUAAAGUGAAUCUUGAACCUUCGAAAGCCAACGUUUAGUUUGUUUUCUCAGAGAAAGGGCGUAUGAAUUCUCAUACAUACGGUGUUUCGUUUGCAAGGAACUAAACAGACUCACCACUGCUCAUGCUGUGUCCAGGAAGACAGCACCCUUAAGUAAGUAAAACGGUAUAUGGAUGGCAACAAGCACAGGUCCCUGGGAUGAAACUGAUGACAGUGCAAGCUAUGAUGCAGCGCCAACGAUGCGUCCUCCAAAAAGAAGCACUCUCAGAGUGAGCCACUUGCGUCGGCCUUAUGCACGACCCCCUUCACCUCCUCGCCAUGCCUCUUCUUCAAGAUCAAGGAUUGGGGGUGGAGUGGUAGCUGAGAAAGUGGAGGACCUUGCUGCUUCACUUCAGGCCACAACAGAAGUGUUGUCCACAGCAGAUCGCAUGUUAGAGCACUACAGGGAUAUAAAUGUUGAACAAGAUGAAGAAAUUGCAAAGCUAAGAGCUGAGCUUGAAAAGUCUGCUGAUAUUCUAAGACGAGAAAGAAUCUCAAGAAGACGGAGACUCCCUCCUACUCCUUCAUCUUCGCAGUCUGAGGAUGAACAUGGCAGACCAGCAAGGAAAAGAGGUUCAGUGAGAUUUGGUAAAGAUGUCCGAUCAGAUGUUGACCAGCUGCGGGAGGCUGUGAGAAACCUAAAAAGUGAACAAAAUCGCCUGACUGGAGAAAUUGAGAGGGAAAGGGAGGAGAGGGAAAGGGUUGGUGGUGACUAUAGUUAUAGCGGUGCUAAUAGGCGAGACCAGCGAGGACCCAGUGGAACAUCAGAAGUCGUCUCCAGAGCAGAUUUGGCAGAGAGGGAGAGGCUUCUUAAUGAGCUGCGGGAAACUGAAGAAGCAAGCAGACGUCAGGCUGAAGUUCUUGUUAAGGGACUGGAUGCUGAGCGAGACGUCCUUCGAGAAAGCCAGAGAUUAGCUUCAGAGAGAGACCGAGAACUAGAAUCAUUAAGACAACAGUUGCAGGCAAAUCAAAAAUCGCAACAAGAUGAAAUUGAAAAUAGACUCAAGGAAAUUCAACAUGAGAUGCGAGCGGAGCGAGAAUCUUGGGAGAAGAAACAACAGGAAGUCGGUCAACUCGCCAGUGAAUUGCGAAAUGUUCGGAGUUUGUUGGAUGAAGCCAAUGACACGAAGAUGCGAGAUGAAAUCCGAACGGUGGCAAGUGAGCUAGAGUCUGAACGCAGGGCCCUGGAGGAGAGCGAGAGAGAGAAGAGACUACUUGCUUCACGUUUGGAAGAUUUAUCGGGGAGACUGGAACUCUCAGAGAGGGAACGCCGAGAGGUCAUGGCCGAGCUAGAAGCUGCCACAAAAAGACUGGACCAGAGCGAAGGAGGAAAAAACGCGCUGGUAGAUCAGGCAGAGCAAUUACGUCAACAGUUUUCACGCUCAGAAACUGAAAAGACCGAAUUGUCGAGGAAACUCGAAGAGGCCCAAGCGAAACUAGAGGACAACGAGUCGACUCGGAAAAGACUUCAGAAUCGGUUGGAAGGUUUGAAUCGACAGAUGGAGGAAGGACAAGGAGACCGCGAUCGUCUCGUGGAACAACUUGAAUCUCUUAGAGGACAGGUUGCGAAGUCCGAGCGAGAAAAAGAUGAAGUUAUGCAACAGGUGUCGAGAAUGACCAGAGGCGCGGCACAUAGACGUCAAUCAUUGGGGAGAACACCUUCAGCGGCAGCUCAAUUAAUGAGGAGCAUGGGGCGGACCGAGGGGCCUGGUGGAGAUAGUGCGUCUGAGAUGAGAAGAAACUUGGACCGAUUCGAGCUAGAGCGGGAUCUGGAUCGGAGGAAUCAUCUUGGGGAUUCGUUCUAUGAUGGCCCAUCCGGAAGAAAUUUCAGGGGAGGGGAGGAUAUGGACAGAUUCGACCUGUUGAACAACUUGGAACAUCUGCACCAGGACAUGGAUCGGAAGGACGAGCAGCAGGAGAGGUUACUCAGCCAAAUGCGGGAACUGCUGGCCAAGUAUGAAGAGAGCGAAGAACAAAAAAAACGAUAUAUGAACGAGUUAGAGGCUGUUAACAAGAAACUCAAGGAGGCGAAUAAAGAUGUACAGGAACUGGAAGGACAACUGGAGGACAAAGAGAACCAGCUGAAGGAGAGCGAUAAGAAAAGAACGGAGCUGAGGAACAAAGCUCUGCAAUCAAUAAAAGAGUAUCGUUCUAAAUGCAAGAAACUGGAAAGAGAGGCGGAACAAGGACUCGCAGCUCACUCGCAAGAACCAGUGAAAGAGCUGAGGGAAAUCAAAGAACUGCGGGCUAAAGUCGCCAAGCUGGUUUCCAAGCUCCAAGAGGAAGCCGAACAACGACAGGAUUAUGAACAACGAAUUUUAGAAGCCAGACAGCAAGAUAGAGCAACGAAGGAGGAAGCUGCUUCGCUUUACGCUCAGCUGCAACAAGAACGGGAUGCCCAUACGAAUGCGUUGAGAGAGCUUGAGGAGCAAAUCCAGGCCCUCACGGCUAAUCACGAACAAGCUCUACAAGACGCUGCUAAAAAGUCAAAUAAAGAGAGAGGUGAAGUAGAAGAUCAAAUUGCGGACAUGAAGAUUCAACUUGCGGAUGAAAAGUCAACUAUAAAAGCCUUACGAAAACGCCAAGAAAAAGAUAGAGAGGAAAUGGAGAAACUUAACACUGAACUUAAUGUAGCAACAGAGGAGAAUACCAAGUUGAAAGCUCGCUUAGAACAGGGCAAAGAAGAAACGGAGAACUUGAAAGAGAAAAUUGAAGUACACCAGAGCAGGAUUACUCAGUUAGAGGAUGCCUUGCGACGUAAUCAGUACGCGCUGGAGAAAGCUGCAGAGGAACAACAGUCUGGACUGCAAAAGUUGGAUGACCAGCUGGAUCGAGUUAUUGAGCAAGUUUGCAGGGACUCGGACAUGCCUCUUCCGUCUCUCUUCUCAAGUGGAAGCAUAAGAAAUAAUUCCCAAAACUGGAUUGCUGAGAUGAUAGGUAAAUUUCGAUGGCUCUCUGAAGAGCUGAAGGCUCGCUUGCUGUCGGAGCGGAGACUUAAGGAACAAGCUGAGUGGAGCCAUAAGAGAAUACGGGAUGUUGUCCUAAAGGCGGAUGAGGAUAAAGAAUAUUUUAUAUCAGAACUUGACAAACAGAGCAUGCUUCUUGAUGAACUUGCAGCUCAAAAGAAAGGAUUGGAAUCCAAAAAUAAACAGAACAACGACAACAUCAAAACUCUUCAGGACAGAAUAACUCAACUGACCACGCAUCUUGAAACGAGCACGCGAGCGCUACACGCUACGGCGGAAGCUUUGGAUGAUCGUCAAAAGGUCAUAGAGGAAUUUGAAGGGUUACGGGGCGAACAGAGAGAACGAGACAAACUUCACGACAAGUAUGUCAGAUAUAAAGAAAGAGUUGGAAGUAUUCGACGAGAACUUCAAGGAGCGAAGUCAAUGGCGGAAGACUAUAGGCAAGAGAGUCUGGACGCCAGUAAUUUGUCCACGAAAUUGUUAGAGAGUUUGGAUCGCAUUUCAAGUCCAAAAGCAAAACAGCGGCGACUUCAUCAGUUUCCAGACACACCCCCAACCAACCUCAGACCCUCCACAAGUAAAAGUAGCACAAUUCCUGAGUGGUCUCCAUCGUCAGAGAACACCAUUUCCACCGUCUAUGAAAACCCUUCACCAUUGACUUCCCCCUUGAAAGCAGACAGAAAAAGAUCCCAUAAGCUACAGGAAUAUCGUUCGAAAGGACCCAUAUCGAGCGCAGACUUAGACUAUAAAGAACGAUAGCAGUACUAUCAGCGCUCGUCAUGGACUGAGGUUCUGAGAACCAGUGUUGAUCACCACACACUGCUCGACGAUUGUAGGAUAUAUAUUUAAGAUGUUAAUGGUU